UCUUUUAUCAUUGUUUUUAUACAGCAGAAAGUAAUGUUUACGUAGUUUUUACAUCUUUAGUAUUUUUAAUCGGACUCGAGAUUCCUUGGCCACCUAAUAGAGGAAAUUCGAGAUACGAUACCCUGAAAGUCUGUUAGAAAUGGAAAUUCAGUUUCAGGGUAAACGGGCGCUUGUCACAGGUGCAGGGAAAGGAAUAGGAAGAGCUAUUGCCAAGAAGCUAGUGGAAUGUGGUGCAGAAACUAUAGCACUGAGUCGGACCCAGGCUGACCUAGAUAGCCUGAAAGCCGAGGUUAAAGGGAUUAUUCCAGUUCUCUGUGAUGUGGCAGACUUUGAUGCCACCAGAAAAAUUGUUCAAAGCCUGGGUCCAAUCCAUCUCCUUGUCAACAAUGCAGGGAUUACACGUCUGGGCAGUUUCCUGGAAUUCUCCAUGAAAGAUUUUGAGGAUGUUUUGAAUGUAAACACCAAGGCUGUAUUUAACAUGUCUCAGGUGGUGGCAAAGGGUAUGGUGGAGAGAGGAGGUGGAGGCUCCAUUGUAAACAUUUCUAGUGUGGCGUCUACACGGGCCUUGGACGAACACAUAGCCUAUUGCACCAGCAAGUCUGCAGUCGACUCCAUCACUAGAGUCAUGGCUCUGGAGCUUGGCAAACACAAGAUUCGUGUGAACUCAGUCAAUCCCACAGUAACAUGGACAGACAUGGCCGCAUUUGCUUGGAGUGAUCCAGCCAAGUCAGGGCCCAUGCUGGCCAAAAUACCAAUGGGGAAGUUUGUGGAACUGGAAGAUGUUGUGAAUACCGUUUUAUUUUUGCUGAGUGACAAAAGUGCCAUAACCACAGGACAGCACAUCAUCUUGGACGGAGGAAUGUCCGCUUGUUGACUGCCCAGCCAGAUGAGGGACAUACUUUGUGUUCUCUCCCCAUUGAUCAUACAACAGCCACUGAUUGGCUGAUACAUGAUAACCAAAUUUUGUGCUACGCAAUAAUUUUGUUGAUUUGAUCUACUCUGUACAUGGAAUGUACUCCGAAUGAAGGGAUCAAACUUUUGAUUGAUGACAGUGACUGUGAUAUAUUUGAUCAUUGUAUGAUCUUGUGUGAAGACAUUGAUUGUUGAAGAAAAGACAGUAAAAGAAUUAUUUACAUGUUUAAUGAUGAUAUACUGGUACAUGUACCAGAACCAAUGUUAUGGGGCUCAAUAAAAUUGUGCAAUUACAA